AUGCAAGAAGCCGCCCUGGCGCCCUCAAACACCUGCUACAUAGCCUCCAGCCACAUCCCACUGCUCAACCUCCUGCGCGCCUUCCGCUGGCGCGAGUACAAAUACCACUACUCAGCGCCCGCCGACCUCGACUCCACCAGCGUCAACACUGCGCUCCGCAACAUCCUGACCUUAUGGCGCUACGCCGACCCCUCCCACGGCCCCUACGUGAAAGCGCAAGGGGCCUCGAUUGCGGAUGCGCUGGUGUUUGCACGGGGCUUGAACUCCUCGCAGCCACGGGAUCAUGUUUUUGGCUUGCUGGGGUUGAUUCGGUAUCGUUCUCUGCCCAAGGCGAUUAUGGAGAGGCUGAGACCGGCGUAUUCGCGAUCUGUGCUGGAUGUCUUUCGGGAUGCUACCGUGGCGGGAUUGAUAGAGAAGGAGGGAAUUCCGGAUUUGAUCUUUGAGGAGAUUGUUCAUCGGCAUGACGAUGGUGUGUCUGCUUCCCUCGGCGCAAACCGUUGGCCAUCGUGGGUGCCCAAGUGGUCUGAUGCAAGAGACCUGGAUGACUACCCGGGGAGGCUGAACAAAUGGUCCUUUUCGGCAUCUGGACACAAGCCAUUCGAUUUUAUUGAAGUCGACGACGUUACGAUCCAAGUCCGCGGUACUAUAAUCGAUGAAGUCGCCAGUGUGACCGACAUAUACCGCGUACGAGACUGGAGCCAAGCCGACAACUCGCAGAAUCUGCUCUCAUGGCUACAAGAAGUCGAUGGUCUCGGGUACGGCCAUGCAAGACCUGCAAUCAACACUGUCCUCCUGGCAGGUCUCAACGGCGAAGGUCGACCGGCCACAGAGCAGGACUUGAAUGCUUUCGAGACUUUCCGAGAAGCCAUCAUCAAACACCAGCAACAUGGGCCCGGAAGUUCAUGCUCGACUCGCGUCAGCGAAGUCUUUGAGAGAAUGUGCAACAGUCGGCGGUUCUUCAGGACUGCGCGACAGGGUUCCAUUGGUAUUGGUCCGAACUUCAUGCGACCUCGGGAUAAGGUCGUGGUCGUCCAUGGUUGCAGGGCACCUAUCAUUAUCCGCCCGCUCGACGAAGAAACUCACAGCGUCGUUGGCGAGUGCUAUGUGCACGGGAUCAUGAAUGGAGAAGUCAUGGGCAAGGUUCAUUCUAUGGGCAAUGAAAUGAUUAAGCUCACAUAG